AUGUCGCUCUUCAUCGCUCCUGCCCCUUUUCCUCGCACCCGGUCCGAUCCUUCAUCCACACGCUGCAUCAAGCGCCCGACGCGAGCCACUGCUGAAACGCCUGCACCUCCAUCGAAGGCCGCAUUCAGCAUCCCCAAGUUUGCCCAGUUCCUCUACGAUACCCAAGCUUCUCUCUGCGCGAAGCUCGAGGCCAUAGAUACUCGCGCCAACUUCUGCUCCGAUCCGUGGCAAUUAGAAAAUGGCAAUGCCGGUAUUACUAGAGUUCUGCAGCAGGGUCGUAUUUUUGAGAAGGCAGGUGUUAACGUAUCCGUCGUGGGCGGUGUCCUGUCAGAAGCCCGUGCCAGCGCGAUGCGAUCCACCGGCAGGCGUUGUGAGGCGGGUAUGGAGUACCGCGCUGCUGCGCUCAGUUUUGUUUUCCAUGCCCAAUCCCCAUUCGUACCCACCUUGAGAGGAGAUGUUCGCGUUUUUGUCACCAAGGACCAAUACUGGGGGGGCGGUGGUGUAGAUUUGACCGUUUUUUACGUCAACGAGUCGCAGAUUUCUCGCUUUCAUAAGCAGCUGAAACGAAUGUGCGAUGACUUUGAACCGGCCUUUUAUCCGCAAUUCAAAAAGCAAUGCGACGAAUACUUCUAUCUACCCUCUAGGGCUGAGCACCGCGGGGUAGGAGGCCUAUUUUAUGAUGGAGUUGCACUGCCGGAGCCACGACUAUUGGAUUUUCAAGCCCGAUUGCUCUCCGAGUCUUUCCGCAGCUACCUACCUAUACUAGAAGAAAACGUUGAGAUUCCCUGGACAGAAGAGCAAAAACGGUGGCAAAGAAUUCGACGUGGAAGAUAUCUCGAGUUUAAUCUUUUAAACGAUCGCGGUGUGCGGUUUGGUCUUGCUGGGGGCAGACCGUCAAGAACCGAUGCGAUAAUGAUAUCGGCUCCUCCCUCCAUUGAUUGGCCAUACAAUUAUGUUCCAGCGUCAGGGUCGCCUGAGGAGAAGACGUCCAUCCUUCUCAGAGUCCAAUACUCUGUUGUAACUGCGCUUUGGGGAAGCGCAAAGGAGAUACGGCAUGAGCGCAUGACAAUGCACCCUUUGCUCAGAAAAACGCAGACCUUGUGGCUGGAUGAAAGAGACUCCACGGACGCACUGGAUCAAUUUCAAGAUCUCUCAGAGACCACUGAGAGCCCUAGUCAGGUCAAGUUGGAGGUCCUCAUCGGAACAUUGUCGAAAGAUUCCGUUUCCGGUCCUGGCGAGAAACAGCAGAACAGCGCCACCGAGGUUUCAGACAAGAAACGUUGCCACGCCCAGGUCUGCAGUGUGAAAGAGCGCCACACUAUUGUAUACGAGCGUCAGCGAAAAAGCGAAAGAACACUUCAGGAAUCGCUUGAGGAAAUACCCCCAUUGCCACCACCUCAGGCACAACCUCAAAUAUCCUACUCUGAUGUCGGCGGCGCACGUAGAAUCCCAAAUUGGAGUUUGCUAGCCACCCGCCUGAUCAUCCUAAGUGCACUUGGGAUAUUAGCGGGAUUGUCAUUCUCACUCCGAAAUACCAUACCAUUACGAAACCUGCUCUCCGAGUUGUUCGUUUGGUUACAUGUUCUCCACUUUGUUAUUAUUCCCCUCCUUAUUAUUGCUUCUCUGCUGAUAGGAAGUACUCUCCCGGACGAUUACAUGGAUCGAGACUUCAGCGAUAGUGAAGACUUGCCACCAUUAGCCAACGGAACGUUAUGGGCGUCUAUCAAUGCAAUAUCUCAUACAAUUCGCGUGCUCUCGCAGGCUGAGAUUGUGCGGCUGCUUGUUCUCCAUUUUUUCCCCACAUUGCAGCCCGUUAUGUCAUGGCAGUAUUCUCCUUGA